ACCAAGUGGAACGAUAAAAACCCAAACUUGUCCCAUUUUACCCCAAUCUAUUAUAACAGUUUGUGUACAAGUGGAACGAUAAAAACCCAAACUUGUCCCAUCUUACCCCAAUCUAUUAUAACAGUUUGUGUAAUUAAGUGCCAAUAAAACUUUGCGUCAUUUUCCAUAAAUGCAAUAAACCUUGUGUAACAAUGUUUAUCAAGCACACAUUAUGUAACUUUAUACAUAUUACAAGCCCAUGUUGAAAUAUUUACAACAGGUAAAAACACGAGUUUUUGUUGAGGGGUUUUCCCUAAGGUGGAAGUCGCAUCAAUUGUUUUAUCAAAAUGUUUGUGACGUAACAUUAGGAAAUCGUCAUGGCGGAGAACAAUUUUUCCUCUACCUAUGACAUCAUUGGUUUGAUUGACGUGGGCUCAUAUGGCAGUGUUCAUGAAUGCAAGUCUCGCUCAGGGAAACGCUUCGCGGUGAAGAAAGUUUCGGAACAAUCGCACAAACUUGAAUAUGAGAUCAAGAACAUGCAGAUGGCAUCGGAUCACGAGAAUGUUAUCAAUUACAUUGAUUGGAUGAACCACAUUGAGGGGGAGGAAGUUUACAAAAUGUUGGUGAUGGAACUUUGUGAUGCAACAAUCGAACAGUAUAUUGAAAACUCGAAAAUGAUUGAAGGCAAACUACCUCGUGAUUAUUUUGAUGACAUCACAACACUCAUUAUUAUUAAACAAGCAAUGAAUGGAAUCCUCUUCCUGCAUGACACAUGUGACAUAAUCCACCGGGACAUCAAACCAACCAACUUUCUUCUUGUUAAACAAAUGCAGGGGUCAAAGGUCAAAGUUUGUGACUUCGGAUUAAGCAGGGUCAUCGAACAGGGGAAUUCCGGGGUGUUUUCAAACACUUUCGGCCACCCCCAGUAUAUCGCACCAGAGUGUAAAGAUACAAGCCGAAAAAUUCGUAAGUCGAGCGACGUUUAUUCUCUCGGAAUUCUCUUUCAUUAUGUCGUCACAAACGGUGUUCUCAUGAAUGAGGGUUCCCCAAGUUUCGAUCAUCUUAGACUGAAGGAUACAGCUCUUCUCAAUGGCCUGACUUGCGAGAAAAGAAUAAUGGCUUGUGACAUCAUAAAGGGAAUGACAAUGAGUGACCAAGAACACAGGAUGACAAUCGCACAAGUUUCCGAUCAUCCGUUGUUCUGGAAAGGAAAAAGAAAAAUUGGUUUCUACAAGGAAAUGAAACCUUUCAUUCAGGCUCGUCAGAAUAGUGCGUUUAACAAAAGAUUGAAUGAAUACAGUGAGUCCUUGGUUGGUGAUGGGAAGGAGUUUGUCGCGUUUAAAAUCGACCCAAUGAAUGUCCCAGUUGCUUUGAGAGAAUACAUGGAUAAAGAUAAAAAACAUGGACCACUUGAUUGUAGUGAUGUUGGAGGCCUUGUUAGGCUGGUUAGGAACAUGGAUGCUCAUGUUUUGGAUUCAAACAUUCCUUUGAAAGUCAAGAAAUGCAUCGGUUUCAACGAAGGCGGUUUUAACGAAGGCAAACCAAAUAUCAACCCUGAUGUUUUCCUGAAGAAACUGACAGGGGAUUACCCACAACUGUUACUACAUUUAUACAAGCUUAAGCAAUCCUGUGACAGAGAGAAUUCUGAAACUUCAAAAUCCAGGAAAAAAAACAAAAAAGAAAAGAAACAAAAGACAAAAGAUUCUUCAUGUAACAAUCCUACUAUGACAUCACCAUCUAAAAAAUUGCUGCCUUUGUUGAACAAAUUUGAAACACCAGAACGUGAUGUCACAAUCUUCACUUUAAGGUUGUAUUAUGACAAAACAAUGGUGCAAGAAAGGACAUUUUCAAUGGAAAAAGAGUUAAUGGUGUUUUACAAUAGACAAGCCGUGGAUUUACCAUCUAAAGCCGUGGCUUCAACUUUAAAAGCGGUGGCUUCAACUUCGAAGGCGGUGGCUUCAACCUCAAAAGCUGUGGCUUCAACCUCAAAAGCCGUGGCUUCAACUUCAAAAGUUGAGGCCGACACACUAAGUUUUAAUGAAUUUAUUUUCCCCUCAACAAUCCAGGAUAAAUACAGCAAAUGGAGAACUGCAUUGCUGGAAAACUUCCACGGUGGCUUGCAACUGUAUAUGAUGGGAAAUACUUUAUACGGAACAAGGAAUUGUCAAACCCGGAUUUAUUUCUUCGAAACUGGAGUCAAAAAACAGACACUGGUAGAAAUGAAAAAAGGGGUUAAAACUGUUAUUUUCUCGUACGAUCAAUUCUGUUGCCUUGUUGGUGAUUUGAGAUGCUCCACACUGCCCCAAGUGGUAGUUACCAUAGUGAUAGGGACGGAACCCAAGACACAAGUGAGUCCGUCUAUUAUAAAGUUGGAGGUCGUGCCAAAAGCUGCCGAGGAUAUUGUUCGUAAACUGCGGCAACAACGGCUUGCAACAUAAGGGAUUUCUAUUCUAUGUGGGUGGGGUCCUUGUCAGGGACCUAGGGUUUAAGCCUUGUGUGACUUGUUAUCACGACACCAAGGACAGAAUUAAUUUUCACCAGGUUGACUCCCAAGCCUCCACGUGCAUAACCACAUUGCAGUCAAACAUACUUUAGCAGCAUUUAAGUGAGGGAAUAUAACUUAUUUAUCCUCGCAUGAAAAAGCAACGACAGUUGUUAUAACACUGGUGUUCUGUUUUAUACAACUCGUGCCUGCUUACAAGUUACCACGUAUGUAACUUUGUGCAUUAUUAUUUUUCUUAAUUUCAAUGCAUGAUUGUAUAACUAAAGCAUACAAAAAAGAAAGGGUUCCACUUUAUAAAAGAUAUAUAUUUAUGGUUUAAUAAUUUACUAUAAUGUAUACAUGUAGUUUAAGUUACAAAAAAGUAUUUUCUAACUAAUUUAUAGAUAAUUUAUGUCUGUUCUGUGAAAAUCAGCUUCUAAUUUAAUUAUUUUACUUGUUUCCUUACCACCUGCCUGACACCAUGUAUUUAAUCACCUAAGUUUAGUGCUGUUGUCCAAGCUAAAAAAGUAGUAACAUGAGAUUUCAAGAUGUCUUUAUAGUCUUUAUGGUGAUGCUGUGUUUUUACUUUAGACUAGUUGUUUCUACUUGGCGUCGAUUUCAGUUUUAAUGUUUGAUUCUUAAUCUAACAUUGCAGUUAUAUUUUCCGGCAGUAUGUGAAGAUACAAUUUUAAAAUGUAAUUAGAGAUUUAAAAAAUUGCACUGUUUACGUAGUCUGCAAUGUAGACUAACUGUUUUUGUCAAUACUUGUUAACAAUAUUCUUCUUAUUUCUAAAAAUGCUUUUUAUUUCUAAAAAUUAAGUUUAAUUUUUCUGCAGUGAAGAAAGAAAUUUUUUUAUCACGUCAUAAUAUGUUAAUUACAUAUUCUGUGAUGUAUGUGAGAGCAGUGUGAUGUCAUAAUACAAAUAUACAUUGUAAUAAUGGAACAAACAGUGCAAUUGUUUUAAACAAAGAAACUUGUGAUUCUAAAACAAUAAGAUUGCAAUGAUAAAAGUUAAAAUGAAGACAUCUAAAAGCAAAGCAAUAUACAUAGAUUGGAAUGUGUAGAUAUAUGAAACAUUACAGCGGUUAUGUUUAAUGCACUAAUUAAUAUAAAUUGUUCACAACUCAAGUAAAUGAUUUUUCUUAUAUUGUGUGGUUUCCGCUACCAGGCAUAAUGUAUAACAGUCUUUUUAGCUCUUUGGGUAUAAAAACAUUAAUUCAAAAAAAAACGUCAAUAAAAAACUUUGUUAUCCUAAUAAUUUGUUAAAACUUUAGAUUUGAUCCUUAGGUUGUCCUAAUGUAUUUCUCCCAUCCCAAUGUUAUCUGACCCGUUCUUGACUUUAUUGUUUCUUCGUUUAUGAGGUUUGGGUUCCGACCUCCUGCAGCAUGAACACACACAGU